AAAACACUUUUGAGACAACCCCGCCUAACUUCUUCCAUAAUGGCGACCACGGUCAGCAGCUUAUCGGGAAAAGUGGCUCUAAUAACGGGUGCCAGCUCCGGUAUCGGUGCUGCUACGGCGGUCCUGUUUUCCAAACUGGGUGCUUCGCUGGCUCUGACAGGGCGAAAAAUUGACAACUUGACACAAGUGGGAGAGAAAUGCGAAAAACUGUCGUCUCCAUCUCGGAAACCUUUCUUGGUGUCGGGUGAUCUGUGUAACGAGGAAGAUACGAAAAAGAUAAUGAAGGAGACGAUAGAACACUUCGGACAGCUUCACAUUUUGGUUAACUGUGCAGGUAUUCUGGAGAGUGGAUCCGUAGAGAACACCUCGCUAGAACAAUAUGAUAGGCUUUUUAAUGUUAACGUCAGGUCUGUCUAUCACCUGACGAUGUUGGCGGUUCCGCACCUAACUGCCACGAAGGGCAAUAUUGUGAACGUGUCCAGUGUGAACGGAAUAAGGGCUUUCCCUGGUGUGCUAGCUUACUGUAUGUCAAAGAGUGCGAUAGACCAGUUUACACGGUGUUGUGCCCUUGAACUAGCACCUAAACAAGUCCGAGUCAACAGUGUGAACCCCGGCGUCAUUGUCACGGAGUUACAGAAGCGCGGAGGUAUGAAUGAUGAAGUAUAUGCAAAGUUUCUAGAAAGAAGCAAGGAGACGCACGCCCUGGGCCGUCCAGGCCUGCCGGACGAAGUGGCACGUGCCAUCGCUUUCCUGGCGUCAGACGACGCCGCCUUCAUCACUGGCGCGCAACUUCCGGUGGACGGUGGAAGACAUGCUAUGUGUCCUCGAUAAAUCACGUGACAUAUCUGUCAUUGGCUGUACAGAUAUCACGCAACACUUGGACUUUUAAAGGAAAUACAUUGAUUGUUGAAACUUCGAAAUCCUGGUGAUGGCUGGUGUGCGUUAUGAUUUAUCUGGGGGCAUCAGCUAAUUAUAUUAAUUAUUACUACACAGUAUGGUGUAAUGGAAAAUGAAACGAUUUCUAAUGUACACAAUCAUGUUUUAGGUUAAAACAAACUGGGCAGUGAUUGUAAAUCGAUUUAUUUACAUCUUGAAUGGGAACCCUGAGAAUGAUUUGAUAAUGUAGAUAUAUAUAUACAAUAUUUCAUCAUAUAAUGUAGUCAUUGUUAUGCCAUUCAUAAAAUAUGCAGAUUAAAAAGAAAUGCUAUUCAAA